AUGAGAGGUAAUACGAGCGCAGAGAGCAUCCAGGAAGUGGGCUUACCUCUGUUCUGGAGGAAGAUGGCCGAGCGGGUGGCUAAAGACGACGUUAGCGAGAUCGAGGGGAUGAAGGUUCCACUGUCGUGGCUGGAGGAACUCACUCUCGAUAAAUUACACCGACUUGCAGUCUCAAUCGGGUCACCUUGUUCCGGCACGAAAGCCGUACGUAUAGAGGGAAUCCGAGACGCAGUGUCUCGCGCAUCAAACAGCGGCAGGGAGGGAGGCGGUCUGAGCCUCCUCAGCAUCGAUAUGGGCAUCAAGAACCUUGCUUUUGCCCAUCUGACAGCCCCAGUCAUGCGAUCGGCGGACUCAACCAGGCACUUACAAUACGACAAACCGACGCUCCAGGCUUGGCGUCGAAUGGCAGCCUCAGAGCUUUCCAACGAUGCUGCUAGCCCCUCGUCUUCCGAGCUCUCUUACGGUUCAGGACAAAAUGGAGAGGAGGCGGCAGCUCGUAACAUUGUCCCCAACGGAAAAGAGUCAUUUGAGCCACUCGACUACGCUGCGCAUGCCUAUCGCUUGAUGAAAUACAUGCUUCAAGCCUACAAACCCAACCAAGUCGUCAUCGAGAGGCAAAGAUUUCGUUCUGGAGGCCAAGCAGCAGUGCUAGAAUGGACAAUCAGAGUGGGUGUAUUUGAAGGCAUGCUGUAUUCCGUACUUCGGGCUCUGACUGAAGAGGGAGUAAUUCAACUGAAUGCGGAACCCGUGCAGCCGACUCGUGUGAACAGGUACUGGCUCGAAGGCGGCAACGUAUCAGUGUCCCCAUCCAAGAAAAGGUUGACCGGUAGAGAGGUGAAAAAAGUUAAAAUUGACUUGGUUGGCAAGAUGUUAGAUCGUCAAGACAUGAAAUCCAAUGUCAGGAUAAGCGGCAAUCUGAAACCAUUCACAGAUGAGUUUGUUUCGACCUGGAAAAAUACAGCUAAGGGCAAGCGGGCUGCGAGUCCUGACAUAUUCAAAUUGGACGACCUAGCUGAUUGCCUGCUACAGGGGUUGGCAUGGAUCGAUUGGCAAAAUAAUCGAAGUCGGAUCGAUGCCUUGGGUCAAGAUGCUACUGAUCUGACAUUUACAUGA